AUGAGUUCCCGGCUCCAGAAGUCCAUGGAGGGUUUGAUCAGCGUGUUUCACUCCUACUCGAGCAAAGAGGGCGCCGUGAACACGCUGAGCAAGAUGGAGCUGAAGGCGCUGCUGCAGCAAGAGCUGAGUCAGCUGAUCACGUGCUGCAAUGACCCGGCCGGCAUCGAUCGGAUCAUGACGGACCUCGACGAGAACGGCGACCAGGAGCUCGACUUCCAGGAGUUCGUGGUUUUGGUGGCGGCGCUGACGGUGGCGUGCAACGACUUCUUCGAAGACACGUGCAAGAAAGGAUAUCAGGGGACGGAGCCAUGAGGCCGUCGUCGUUGGCAUGUUCUUCAUUAAAUGCGCCGAGCAAAUGUUCAAAGGGUUCGUUUGUUUCUGGUCGGAACAUGUCUGAUCAAUCUCUUCAGAUGUAGUGAUCUCGUGGGUGACCAGCAGAGGGCAGCUCUGAGCCCAACAUUAUCUGC